AUGUCUUCCAACACGAAGAACGUUUCUUCCAGAUAUCCCCUUGAGGAAGUGAUCUCUCCUGCAGAGAACACCAGGGCCACGGGGCGUGAGGAUAAUCGUCGGGAUAUCAGAGGAGCCACACGGAGUGGUUACCCAUACACCCGGGAUAUCAACCCGGCUCAGACGAUCGCUUAUCCAUCGCCGUAUAACCCUAAUGAUUCCACUUUCUGGCGGGACGCAGGGGUAAACAAAUAUACCGCCUUGCAUUCCCACCCAGUCCACCCACUUCAUAUCCCCAGCAGAUACACUCAGAAAGUUGGCGCAGGACUCGAGUCGUAUUCGCCACAAGGGACGCGUGCAAGCUAUGAGCCGCGUAGUGCUAUCCCCACUGCUGUAGACAGGCGCCAGGCAUUAGCCGAGGAACUUGCUGGAGAUGCUCAGGUAGCAGAGGUGUCUUGCAUGCCUCACUACCAACCUCUAAUCGAAAGAGCUCGCAAUACACCAGGCUGGGAUGACGACCAGCGCGAAAACCGCACUCCUCUCACGCAGCGAGUAACUCGUCUGCCACAUGGCCCAACUCUGAAAAUCGCAUCUGCGGCCGACGAGAUCAUUAUGGGAACAGGCAAAAGUAACCCGAACUAUGCCGUUACCCAAUGGUCGGACCCCGCGAAACUUCGGUAUGUUGACAGGCCAGUGUCAACCGAGCAAACAAGCAGCGAAGACGACGAAUACUCUUCCGACUCCUCGCCAACCCCCCACCUCCCAAUCACCAAAGAUGUCGACCGACCCCCCAUCCCCCCCAGAAAUGCUACAAGAAGCGGGGUUGGGGGCCAGGCACGACACAACAAACCAAAGCCAGCGCCCGAAAACCAGACAGAGCUCUUUUCCGAAGAUGCAUGUGCGGGCGAUGAGCCACCACUCACGCCACGCCAACAAUACAUCGAGAGACCGUCUUCUUCCGGCGCUGGUACACGCAACCAAACGACCACACUAAUGAGAGCAGGAGACUUGACCAUCACUUUGUCGGAGCCUGUAAGCCCUUUCCGUGCCCCUAUAUCUCGCAAUACCUCAAUGCCAGAGGUCACGGAGGGCGCCACAGCUCACGAUAGGUUUCCACCACGAUCAGUCUCUCGCCAGCCACUGCGAGGUCUUCCAGCCGAAAUCGAUAGCCACGGACCUCAUACUACCUUCGAUGAGAUCAUCCCGCCCGUCUCAAAUGCAACUGCUCGGAAGGCCUUUAGCCUCCGUAGUAUCUUGCAGAAGACUCGUGGCGCAGAGAAGAGUCGUGUGGGCCGAGCUACCAAAUUGAACUCGCGAAGCAGCAGUAGCGGUGCCGGCAAGACGGCUUUCAAGAGCAGGAAGUUUGGGAAGAACGCACGCAACCCAACGACUUCGCUUGGGGCUAUAUCAACGCCGAUGGUUGUGCCUACUCCCUCAUUGUUGCAGCAACUUGGAAGGAACCACAUCGACCUUAGCCCAAGCCAAGACACUCCUGCAUAUCUUCAGCAGGCAGUGUCGACACCGUUCAAGCCCGCCACUCCGGAAUCACCGAACCGCCAUGCUCCGCCAACAUCGUUUGCCACGCACAGUAUGAAUGCCAUGGCUGGGAAUCACGAAACCCUGACCAUGCCUCCACUUCCUCUGUCUCGCCCUACAGAACCUCGCAGACCAAAGAGCAACGCAACUAGUGAUGCAGGAGUGCAGACCGAACCAUCCGCCAACGGUUCGGCCUGGACCUGCGCACACUUCGAUGCACUCAGUGAUUCCGUCUGCAGAAAAGUCCGAGAAGCGAACACAAGUGCACAAAGAGACCAGUACCUUGAGAUGGCUCUUGAAGCUCAGAGACUGCUCGUCGGCUACCAGCGGUUGGGAGAGGUCGUUGAAGACACUUCUAAGUUCCUCAACCAGAAGAUGAUAGAAAGGAAGUCGAUCGAGACCAAGCUUCGAGCUAUGAUGGAGGAGUCAUAGGUUAGAUUUUGCCUUCUGCUAAUCAGUGUGUGAGCCAAUUGAGCAUAAGUGAAGGAUAUUUCCAGUCAGACUUAC